AGAAACUCGUUUCCAAUCCGGACGAGAGAUAGCGGGCCGAGAAGCUCACAAGGCGAGCCGUUGUUCUGUGGAAAAGAUCGAGACGUAGAAAAGGACGAGUCUCGAAAGUGUGUAGAAACGGCCGAAGGAAGGCAGUGGAUGCAAGGAUCUUCUUCGUUCAUCGUUGUAUUUGGUUUUUUUCCCCCCCAACGUUGAGUUUGGAAGGUCUCAAUAAAUAAUGAUCAUCGAAGACCCGGAGGGUUUUAAGGCCUGGCUCACGUCAAAACUAGAACCACUUUGUGAUGCGGAUCCAGCAGCAUUGGCAAAAUAUGUGUACGCACUUGUUAAAAAGGACAAACCCGUUGAAGAACUCCGGGCAAGCAUGUUGGAUCAGUUGGAAGUUUUUUUACAAAGAGAAACACAAGGUUUUGUGAAUCUUCUGUUUCGUACUUUGGAAACUCAAUGUUUUGAUCCAUUGACGGAUCAACAGACAAACAAUGUUCUAUCACCGAUUGCAUCCAAAACUUCAACAACUGAUCUUGAUCUGAGAGAAACAUUCCCUUCUAAUCAACAACAAGAAGAAAUUGAAAGAAAAAGAGAUAAUAAAGAAUCGAAUACUGCUCUCAUCACUGGCACACAAAACAGCUUUGGUGUAGCAUUGCUUGCAACUGCUGCUGGCCGUCGUGAUUCAGACAAACAUUUACGAAAGAGCGAAUCAGACAAAGAGGAUAGAAACAGAAGAUUGAGGAGAAGAGGAUCGUCAGUAACGCCAGAAAGGAGGAGGUCACGUUCAAGGUCGUUUGAGAGGAGAAGGUCUCGUUCCCGUGAACGAGACAGGGGUAGAGCUUGGAGAAAUAAGAGCCCUCCGCCUCGGAGAUAUGAACGAAGACGGUCAUAUUCAAAGUCACCUACACGAAGGUUUUCAAAGUCUAGAUCACCACAAAGCAAAAGGAUCAGGUUUAGAAACCGUUCGCCACCAAGAUCUCGUUCAAGAACACCUUUAGUAGAAAACCGUGAGCGCAAAGAUGUAGCUGCGGGAGUUUCUCCUAGAGAUAACAACCAUGGUGAUACAGACCUCAGAAAUAUCCAAAGCGUUGUUGCUGUUCCACCUGAAUUGCAGGCAUAUCCAAGACGCUGUCGAGACUUUGAUGAAAAAGGAUUUUGCAUGCGUGGAGACCUUUGCCCUUACGAUCAUGGGACGGACCCCGUGAUCCUCGAGGAUGUUGGUGUACCUAUGUACAACGGCGGGCCUCCACAGCAACCACCAAUAAUUCCUCAGGUGCCACCUCCUAAUUUAAUGCACCAUCCGACCCCACAUCCACCGUUACAAGCUCCACCGCCAAUUGGUGUUAACAUUGAAUACAAUCCUGAUGCACCGAGUAUGGAACCAAGAGUUUGGGGGAGACAACCACCUUUUCGUGGUGGACCAAUGCUGAGAGGCAUGACAAGAGGGACAAUGGGACGAGGUGGUUUCCCUCUGCAUCAGAGAGAACUAAUAAACGUCGUUACAGCUGGAGGGCCACAGUUUCGGCACCAAAGACCAACACUUAAUCAGACAUCCGAUUUUACAAAUGGUACAAUGUCUGCCACCAUGAAUAAUGGAAAAUCUUUUGAUUACAAUCGUGUAGGAGGAAACAGAACCCAGUUUUCAGCUAAAGGUGGCAACACUACGCUUCAGUUGAAAAAAGUUCCAUCUGGUGUUAAUAAUAUAACGCAUCUCAACAACCACUUUUCCAAAUUUGGAAAGAUAGUCAAUAUUCAAGUUGGAGUUGAUGGUGAUCCAGAAUCUGCUCUUAUUACCUUUUCAAAUCACACAGAAGCAAACAUCGCCAUCAAAAGCACUGAGGCAGUACUCAAUAACAGGUUUAUAAGAGUGUUUUGGUACAAUUCAACAGUUAAUGCCAACAGUGGUGAGAGUAAACAGGAAAAUAUCCCUCCAGCAACUCGACCCUCUGUAUUAGAAAGGCUUGGUGCUCCACCUUCCAAAGUAUUGAACAACAUCCAGCUUUCUGCUAUACAGCAACAAGAAGAGAAGGUAACAUUAGUUAACAACAGUUUGAGCAAGACACUUUAUAUACCAUCAGCAAUGAAAAAAGAACACGCAAACAUGGAUAUCCAGACUGAAAAUAAAGAACAAAUAAACACAGAAGUAAAGAAGAAACUAGAAGAAAUAACUGCGGCAAAGAAGAAACAAGAAGAAGCUAGAAAGGCAGGGAUAAAACUGAAUGCGGAUUUGAGGAAAAGAAAGCAAGAACUUCUUGAAAAACAACUGAAUCAACAAAAGCUACUUAUCCAGAGAACGGAAUCGCCAACGUUAGCUCCACAACAAAAGGCUAUUUUAAUUGAAACAAUAAAAACUCUUCAGGAAAGCAUCGAGAACAUAAGGAAAGACUUGGCAAGCUCAGUAAAAAACAAUUUAGUCAAGAGCUCCAAACGAAACACUAUUAAAGAACAACUAGCUCAAAUUAAAAAAACUAGAGAAGAGGUCCAAAGAGAACUUCUAGAUGCAGAAUUAGAUUUAAUUAACAGGCAGCAUGAAGGAAAAAACACUGAUGAGCUAAAGAAAAAAGUUGCUGAUUUGAAAUUGAGGGUAAUAAAUUUAGGCCUUUUCCCCAAAGGUCCUUACCGAGGUAGAAGUUCUUCUACACCCCACAGAAUCAGCCGAGGGAGAGGGCGAAGUGGAAUAAAACAUGGAACCAGUGUUUCUUUUGAUCACAAUGUAGUCGACCACAGGCCUACGAAACUUUUAGUAUCAGGAUAUGAACAAGACGACAAGGCUGAAGUUAUUAAACAUUUCGAGCAAUAUGGUGAGAUUGUGGACUACAUUUCUGAUGAUGCCACACCGUCUUUAGUCUUAAAUUUCAAGUUAAGGAAAGAUGCUGAAGUUGCAUUAACCAAAGGGAGGAAUUUCCAUGAUCGUUUGUUAUCUGUAACAUGGGCCACACAUAAUAAUAACAUUAGAAGUAAUAUGGUUUCUAAACCUGCUACACCAAUCCAUCGUUCUGUCAUGGUCGUGGAAGAAGAAGAAGAACUGAGAACUGAUCUUCUAGGAGUAGAUGAGGAGGAUGAAGAGUUCAAAUACUUACCAUCACCUACAUACUUAUUCCAAGACGAAGAGUGCCAAUACUCUGCCAAAUCACCGACAUACAUAAUGCAAAGCAAGGAAGAAGAUGAGGAAGAUGAAGAUCGAUCUUGGAGGCGAUAGGUUUUAUACUGAAAAGUAAGCAAAUAAAAUUAUUUUGUUGACAAUAAAGAAAUGACAGUGACCUUCUUCAUUGCAGUGUAAAUUUUAUCCUGCCUUUUGAAAACAAAUUCAAAAAGCAUAUUCAUUGGGUUAGAAUUGGAAACUGAACGUGAUUAAGUCUUAAAAUAUGUACUUUUUCAUAGAGGAAUGUGAAUUUUCUAAUGUAAUAUUACUUGUAAUUUUUUUCUGUAAUAUAAUAUACAUAUUGAUUUCAGUAAAUUAAAUAUAUAUAUUUUAGCACU